CCUCUCUCCAGACUCUCCACUUCCCAUCUCUCCCUUCAUCCCAUUUGCUAUUGUACGUGCCCAAUCGCCGUAUACUUUCUGCAUUUAACUCGGGUGACAUUUUUAUUUCAUCAUUAGCAUCUGGCGCCAUACGGACGCAGUGAGCAUCAUUUUCACCAAGGAACUCUCGGAAGAUGAUAAGCAAGAUUAAUAUUGUUUAUCUCGCUCCGCAUUACUGUCUUUCGUUUUAACGUCAGUGCUGACCGUAAACAAGUUCCCACUAGUGGAAGAGUUUACCAAGGACCUUCAAACUGUAACCUUUUUUUUCCCUAGAUUUUUUAUUUUAUUUUAUUUUAUUUUUGUAUUAUUAUUAUUUAGCCUUUUUCAGAAAAUAAUAUAACCCCGAAUUUCAAGCCAGCAUGCCCGAAACAACCCAGGAUACAUGUCCUUCGGCGAAAGACUCUCCAUUUUUCAUUAAAAAUCUUCUAAAUUCUGACAGUAAGCCGCCAAAGCCUAAGCCUAUUUUGGCAUCAACUAAAGCAGGACUUGAUGGCAGCUUCUCGUUCUCUCAGGUUGGGGAAUUAAACUUUCCUCGCUUUGAGUUUCCGACCCAGCGCUUUGCGUUACCGGCUUAUCUUGAGCGUGCCUCGGCGUGGUGGUACCCGUACACACUCAGUGCAUCUGCGCAUCUCCACAGAGCGGAAGCAGCACAAAAAGCGAGGGUCUCCUCACCGAUCACAGGCAAUGACCGAGAUUCACCCGAGCUCGUGCUCAAAUCAGACCCGGAUGCCAAGGACGAUGAAGACGACAUCAAAAGUGGAGACGAGAUUGUCCUCGAGGAGAGCGACACUGAAGAGGGUAAAAAAGAAGGCGGCGUGGACGACUGGAAGAAGGGAGACGACGGCGCGGACAAGAAACCUUGCCGGAAGAAGAAAACUCGCACGGUGUUCUCGCGGAGUCAGGUGUUCCAGCUGGAGUCCACCUUCGACAUGAAACGCUACCUCAGCAGCUCAGAGCGCGCGGGCCUUGCUGCCUCGCUUCACCUCACAGAGACCCAAGUCAAAAUCUGGUUUCAAAACCGCAGAAACAAAUGGAAACGUCAGCUGGCCGCAGAGCUAGAGGCCGCCAACCUAAGCCACGCAGCGGCGCAAAGGAUUGUGAGAGUACCCAUCCUGUAUCACGAGAACUCGGUAUCUGAGAGCUCCAACACAGCGGGCAACGUGCCCGUAAGCCAACCGCUGCUGACCUUCCCUCAUCCGGUUUACUACUCGCAUCCCAUCGUCACCUCUGUGCCCCUCCUCAGACCGGUUUGAGAGGACUAGACAUUACUUUUUCUAUGUAACUAUGUGACUAAAGCUAUUUUACAAAGACUCGAGAAGAGAGAAAGAGAACAGGGGCAAAUGAAACCAAGAGACGAAUUAUUUUUUUUGAAAAUAAUUUAAAAAGAAACAUUGUACAAAGACGCAAUAUCAUGCAUUUGAGUCCUACAUUUUUUUUUAUAACGCAUAAAAACUAUCCAUAAAACUACAAAUGAAUAAGGCGAAUGUUUAGAGGCCUAUAUUUCUAAUGUUGAUGUUGGUUGGUGGUGAAUUACAAUGACUUUGUUCAUUUCCUGUCAUUAUUAUUAUUGACAUUAUUAUUACACCUGCUACAGUUUAUCUAUGACUAUCUCAAAUCAACUUGUUGAUACGUCAAAGCAAAGGUUUUAUACACAUGGUUGAAUUUCUUUAUAACACAGAAAAAUCUCACAGCCCUGGCACGGAUGUGCAACAGGCUACUACUGUCUAUGAUCUUAAUAUUAAGACAGAGUAGGUUCUUAAUUUAAAAAACAAAAACCGAUGAAAAAGAUUUUGGUUCCGCGUUCAAUGGACAAUCAUAUAGGCUAUAUCUGACAGAAAUUAACCCACAGUUGAACUGAAGACACACAGACACGAAGAAUAAAAACUUUUACUUUUAUCUAUAUUAUUUACAGAUGUAUAUUUUUUCUUGUACAGAUUUAACGAACCAAAACGAGGAAAGGUGUCAUUUGUACAGUAAUAGCUUUUUUACAUUGUAUUGCUGUUGUGAAAUAAACGGAGACUUUAAGUCUACA